AUGGCAACAAUAACUGGCAAAAAUUAUUGUGUUAAAUGCAAAAAACCAAAAACUACUGUGAAAUGUAGUGGAUGUUCUCAAGAUUUUUGUUUUGAUCAUAUUAGUGAACAUCGUAAUGAAUUAAGCGAGCAAUUAGGUAGAACUGAAGAUCAAUAUAAUGAGCUCAGAAUUGAAAUCGACGAAAAAAAAAUCGAACCACAAAAACAUGAACUAAUGAAAAAAAUCGAUGAAUGGGAACGUGAAUCAAUUGAAAAGAUUCGACAAGUGGCCAAUGAAGUUCGCCAUAAACUCUUAUCGUGUAUCAUCACAUUUGUUGACAAUAUCGAUUUGAAAUUGAAAGAAUUGAGUAAACAACUAAUUCAUUAUCGUAAAGAAAAUGAUUUUGCAGAUCCAGACAUUCAGUUUUUGAAUGAACAACUUAAACGAUUAAAAGACAUUCUUAACAAUCCACCAAAUAUCAAAAUUGAACAUGAUUCAACAUCUUUCAUCGAUAAAAUUCGUCUUACAAUGAAAGCUUCAUUACUAUGCAGUGAAAAUUUAAAUGUCAAUGUAAAUUGGGUACAGAAUGGGAUCACUGUUGCUGGAGGAAAUGGAUACGGUAGUGGAAUGAAUCAGAUCUACAAUUCAUGGGGUUUGUGUGUUGAUGAUGACCAAACUAUUUACAUUGCUGAUUACUGGAAUCAUCGUAUGGUUGAAUGGAAAUUUGGUGCAACGACUGGUCGUGUUGUAGCCGGUGGAAAUGGAGAAGGAAACCGAUCUGAUCAGUUGAGUUAUCCGACAGAUGUGAUUAUUGAUAAAAAAAUAGAUAGUCUUAUCGUUUGUGAUUAUGUUAAUAAAAGAGUAGUCCGAUGGCCUCGUCAAAACGAUACAUAUGGAGAAACAGUUGUCUCAAACAUUGGAUGUUGGGGGUUGGCAAUGGACGAUGAUGGAUUUAUCUAUGUUGCUGAUUAUGAUAAACAUGCAGUUAGACGGUAUCGAAUCGGAGAAAACCAAGGAACAAUCGUUGCAGGUGGAAAUGGACAAGGAAAUCGUCUUGAUCAGUUGAAUUGUCCGAGAUACGUAUUCAUCGAUCGAGAUCAUUCAAUUUACGUAUCAGAUUAUGGCAACCAUCGUGUAAUGAAGUGGAUGAAAGGUGCAAAACAAGGUAUUGUGGUAGCUGGGGGUCAAGGUCAAGGAAAUAGUCUUACACAAUUAUCAUGUCCUUUCGGAAUCGUCGUAGAUCGGUUAGGUACUGUCUAUGUGGCUGACUAUGGGAAUCAUCGAAUAAUGUGUUGGUCUCAAGGAGCAACACAAGCGAAUGCCGUUCUUGGAGGAAAUGGUAGAGGAAGCCAAUCGAAUCAAUUCUAUGGUCCCAUUGGUUUGUCAUUUGAUCGAGAGGGCAAUCUCUAUGUGAGUGACAAUGGAAAUAAUCGAAUACAAAAGUUCAGCAUUGAUCGAAGUUGA